AUGCGAGGCAAAAGCAGAGUUGAUGCCAUCAACUCUGCCAUCAACUUGAUGGCUCACAUCGAACACCAGGAGUCCGUUCUCACGGCUUACGGCAUGGGGGAUCACAACGGGAAAGAAGGAUCCUUCGUACCCCAUGACGAGCUCGAGAUCCUCCUACUCUCCAAAGUUGGGGAGAGUCUGAGGGGAAUCGGCGUAGCCACGGAAGCUCAAACAUGGAUCCGAGAGCAAAGGACUCCUCGAUGGACUGGCCUGAAAGAGAUGCUCAGAUGGCGACACUGUCGUCGCCAUCACCUCCAGGACUAUUCUCACAAGGCCGUCGCUGAGUUCAAGUGUGACAACUCUGGUCAGAUCGAGAGCUUUCUCACUCAGCUGCGGAGAGCAUACACUCUCCUUAUGAGUGUAUAUGCCGACGAUGUCUCCGAGAGAAAGCGGCUUGUAAGGCAGGCCAUCGGAGUACUGCCAAACUUUGUCGAGCGGGAUGCUGUUCAAAAACUACAAUAUCUGGCGCGAAAACAUGGAGAUUGCAGAGAUUGGGAAGAUGUGAGAAGCCUGACGGAGCUGGAGACUACUAAUAGGGAAGCGGCGUUGACCGAUAAGGCAGCCUACAGAAGCCGGCGAGAGCGUAAAGCAGACCUACCCGGGGGAAAGCACCAGACGAGCAAUCGGAGGCGAAACCGGGAUCAGGUACGAGCGACCGGAACCCAGGGUCACUGGGACAUACACAAAGGAGCUGAAGAUGAUGGGGACGAAGAUGCUGAUGUUGACCAAGUCCAGAGCACCAUUGACGAGAUGGAGAAAGAACGCAGGGCUCAUAACGAGUCAAAGUCGAAGGAUGAUAAGCAAGAAGCCUCGGCCAGCGCUGGCAAUGGGGAACGUGAACGCUUCGCCAAGCGCUUUAGGCUUUGCCUUUUCGUGACGGCACCAUGGAACUACAAAGAGGCUAGGAUCUACAACGAUUUUGGGAGCGAUGACCUUCUCGCCCAAACCGACAAGAAAAGGAGGACCUACUAUCUUCUUGGGUACGAGAAAGGCGAAAAUUGGAGUAAACAAGCUGUUGAGAAUAACCCCCAGUACCGAAGUCGAGAAUACGAUCUGAGAGGAAAAAACUAG